AUGGCAUCUACGAAAUCCAAAGAACCUAAAGAUCCUAAAACACCUAGAAUACGUAAAGCUCCUUCAGUCCCCGUUGUUAUACCUACAAAACCAGGGGAGAGAUAUUAUGAGUUUCGAGAUUGGUUUAACUGUCGUGCUUACUGGAAGGGGAACCACAAUUUUAAGGGUUUAAUUGCAACUUUCUUGACUCCUGCACAACAGGAGAAGCUGAAUAAUGGUACAUUUUGGCAUAUCAUGGCUAUGAAGAAUUUUCAUUGCAGCAUGAAGUUGGUUCAUUGUUUGAUUCUUUCUCGCGUAUUCACCAAUAAUCGAAAUUCCAUUAAUUUCAAGAUUUUUGGUUGUGAUGUGUCGUUCAACCUUGAAGACUUUCACAUUAUGUACGAUUUGAGGAUCACAACACAUAAUGUUGAAAAAUCGAUUAAACGAGAGAGUAAGAUUUUGAAGCGCUAUUUUGGGAAGUCUAAGGGUGUGACCUUGAAGGACAUUCAAGAGUAUAUGAUGCGAAAUCAAAAUAAAAAUGAUGAUGUGAAUUUCAAACAUGUAUGCGAGAGUGAUGAAGAUGUUGUGAAGAUUAUGGAAAUUCUUAUUGUGGAGUUUGUUUUUUUCGAAAGAAAGCAUGAAUCAACUGUGUUGGAGGAGUAUGCAACUAUUGUUGAAGAUGGCGAGGCUUGUCUUAAUUAUCCUUGGGGUAAUGCGUCUUAUGAGAAGCUUAUUACCUCAAUGAAACAUGCUUUGGACACCAAGGACAAAAAUAAUCCAACUGAGUAUACUGUAGGUGAAUUUCCAUAUCCAUUAUAUGUUUGGUUCUAUGAGCGCUUCCCAGAUAUUCAGGAUAAGUAUUUAAAAGAUGACGACUACCUUGAUGUCCCUCAGGUUCCCAGGAUGUUACGUUAUCCAUAUUUGGGAGAGCCUAAAUUUAAAGAACUUCAUGCGGAUUACUUCAGUAAUAAUGGUGUAAAUUAA